AUGAAUAUCAUCAGUGGAUUAGUGCCCCUUAUUUAUUUGUUAUCGUGGACUGAGGCGACACCGGUAACAAUGUUUCUCACUGGUAACACGAAUGGUCAACAAGUUUCAUCGUUGUACCCUGGCCAGUGGAACAGAAUCGCCCGGAGCUCUCUAGGCGGAGACUACGGUGGUGGUGAUUAUGGCACAUCAGGUCACGGUGGAUUUGAACCAUCCACCGGGCAUUUGGCUGACAGUCAACAGGAUUAUUCCCAAUAUGGACAGUUUACUCAUGACACACAGGAUUCUAAUCACUUCUCUUCAGGGGGCCACGAUGAUCUCAGUGGUCAUGAUUUUCACGUUGAUAAUCAUAUUCAUUCUGUACCGAUAUCUGAACAUGUUGAAGUGACGAAACCAAUCACGGUACCUGUCUAUAAGGAAAUAGGAAUUCCAGUGCCUCACCCGGUGAAAAUUCACAUACCUCAUCCGGUGGCCGUGGAAGUAGCCCAGCCGUAUCCAGUGAUCAUGCCAGUGUCGCAGCCCGUCCCGAUCGAAAUAAUCAAGACUGUAGCGGUGCCCGUCGAGAAGAAGGUCCCCUAUCCUGUGGAGAAACACAUUCCCUUUCCCAUUGAAAAACCAGUGCCAAUCACAAUUGAACGACACAUUCCGGUUCCGGUUGAAAAACCAUAUCCCAUUAGAAUUCCAGUUUACAAAACAAUCCAUCAUCACACUAAAUCCCACGCCACAGCCAGCGAUUACCAUGAGCACGAGCACUCUACGUACGAAGAAAAAACGAAACCCGUUGAAAUUCCUAUUUAUAAGAAAUACGCGAUACCAAUACCUCAUCCGGUGCCUGUGAAGGUAGAUCAGGAGAUUAAAGUGCCGAUUCCUAAGCCAUAUCAGGUUCAAGUCCGAAUACCUCACCCCUAUCCAGUCGAAGUAGUCAAAAAUGUUGAGAUACCGAUAGAGAAACACGAGCCCUAUGUCGUCGAGAAGAAGGUACCCUUCAUUGUGGAGAAACCAUAUCCCGUUUAUGUGGAUAAGAAAUUUCCUGUACCUGUAGCGAAGCCAUAUCCAGUCCAUGUGCCGAUUUACAAACAUGUAUUCCAUCACACUUCUGGUGGCAAAGGCUGGCAUUAA